UUUUUCAGCUCAUACACUUUUUUAUUUAAAUUCAAAAAAUCAUUGUUAGAAGACUUCUUUUUUUAUCAAUUUUUGGCUGUAUUUUUGACUUUCCUUUCAAAAAUUUCAUUUAAUCUCCUGUUAUGUCCUAGGACGCGGUCGUACCUAGCGAAUAAUAGAAUAACACAGGAAUCGAAUAACUUGUUUAUAAACACAUGAAUACGAACGUGGCAAUAGUCAAGAAUGACUUAGAACAGGCGGCGACGGUCAGCCCAGGUGCCGACCAAGACUGAUCUCUACUAAAUGUUUUAUACUAUACCCACACAUGCCUAACAUCUCCUAUUAAAUUAUUGCUUCAUCCAAUUAUUUUUUUUCUGUUAUUUAAAUUUUUAUCCAAAAUCUUUUAUUUUUUAGAAAAUAUAUUUAAAAAAUGGCCACAACAGUCACUACUAGAACAGUCACAACAAGGACAGUCGCAGGGACUGGUCCAAGAAUUCGAAUGAUUCCUAUUUGGAGUAUUAAAUUAAUUUCUGCGAUUAUUGGACUCGUAGUUCUCGUUUUAAUUUUUAUCUUGCGAAAUUCAAUUUGGCAGUGGUACGUAAAUACAUUUAUCGUGCUCGUCCUGACUUGUGGAUUUUUGCUAGGAUGGGCACUUCCACCCGUUCUCAAUCGAUUUUUGACUUUCUAUCGAUCGGAUAUGAUUACACAUUCAAUAAUUGCUGGACUUUCUGUUUUGUCUUUAAUUCUUUGUGUUCUGUUUUUGUUCAGCAAUGAACGUUAUUCACGUACUGAAGACUAUAAAAUUAUGGUUGGAAUUACUAUAUGUGAGGAGUUUUUUUAA